AGGGCUGCGCGCUCGCGGGGACCUGACGGCCGCCGGAGCCCGGGAAGCCUCGGUGCGGCGGCACCAUGAAUGGCUCGGGUGACCUGGACACCGAGGACUCGAGCGAGGCGGGCGGCGGGGGCAGCUGGCAGCCCGAGGCGGUCAUCGUGCCCAUGCUGUUUGCUCUCAUCUUCCUCGUGGGCACCGUGGGUAACGCACUGGUGCUGGCGGUGCUGCUGCACGGCGGCCAGGCGGUCAGCACCACCAACCUGUUCAUCCUCAACCUGGGCGUGGCUGACCUGUGUUUCAUCGUGUGCUGCGUGCCCUUCCAGGCCACCAUCUACACCCUGGAUGGCUGGGUGUUCGGCUCGCUGCUCUGCAAGGCGGUGCACUUCCUCAUCUUCCUCACCAUGCACGCCAGUAGCUUCACGCUGGCCGCGGUCUCCCUGGACAGGUAUCUGGCCAUCCGCUAUCCGCUGCAUUCCCGCGAGCUGCGCACGCCUCGCAACGCGCUGGCGGCCAUCGGGUUCAUCUGGGGGCUGUCGCUGCUCUUUUCCGGACCGUACCUGAGUUACUACCGCCAGUCGCGGUUAGCCAACCUGACCGUGUGCCACCCGGCGUGGAGCGCGCCCCGCCGCCGCGCCAUGGACCUCUGCACCUUUGUCUUCAGCUACCUGCUGCCGGUGCUGGUGCUCAGCCUGACCUACGCGCGCACCCUGCGCUACCUCUGGCGCGCCGUGGACCCGGUGGCCGCCGGCUCGGGCGCGCGGCGCGCCAAGCGCAAGGUGACGCGAAUGAUCAGCAUCGUGGCCGCGCUCUUCUGCCUGUGUUGGUUGCCUCACCACGCGCUAAUCCUCUGCGUGUGGUUCGGCCGCUUCCCGCUUACCCGCGCCACCUACGCGCUGCGGAUCCUCUCGCACCUGGUGUCCUACGCCAACUCCUGCGUCAACCCGAUCGUCUACGCUCUCGUCUCCAAGCAUUUCCGCAAGGGCUUCCGCAAGAUCUGCGCGGGCCUGCUGCGCCGCCCCGGCCCGCGAAGAGGCUCGGGCCGCGCGUGCAUCACGGCCCAGUGCACCCAGAACGGCAGCGUGCUGGAGCGCGAGUCCACCCACCUGACGCACGUGAGCGAGGCGGCGGGGCCCUCGGCCCCUCCGCCCGCGCCUCUCAGCGGCCAGUCCGCGAGCCCGAUCUCCGGCUCGUCCUGGGGGGGAACCGAAAGGCCCCCAAAGGCAUCCUGACAGUUGAUGUGUCCUGAGGGUACCUUGGGUGUUAAAAGUUUGGAGUCCGAGGUCGUGGGAUCGUGGAGGGAGUUUCCUCUGUUAAUAAAAGGCGCAAAUCAUUUCACGUGCAGUGGCGCGCUGU